GUUCAUAAUCUCAUUCUCUCUUUCUCUCUGCUAAUAUUGCUGUUUAUUUAGAUUGAUCACUGAUUACUAUGGCUUCUCGACGACGAAUGCUACUCAAGGUCAUUAUCCUCGGUGACAGCGGGGUUGGGAAGACAUCUCUGAUGAACCAGUAUGUGAAUCGUAAGUUUAGCAAUCAGUACAAGGCCACCAUUGGAGCUGAUUUCUUGACAAAAGAAGUUCAGUUUCAAGAUCGGUUGUUCACAAUGCAGAUAUGGGACACUGCUGGACAAGAGAGGUUUCAGAGCCUUGGUGUAGCGUUUUAUAGGGGUGCCGACUGUUGUGUUCUUGUAUAUGAUGUAAAUGUCAUGAAAUCGUUCGAGAGUUUGGGCAACUGGCGUGAAGAAUUUCUGAUUCAGGCGAGUCCAUCCGAUCCGGAGAACUUUCCGUUUGUCGUGCUCGGUAACAAAGUAGAUGUCGAUGGCGGCAAUGGUCGAGUGGUUUCCAAAAAGAAAGCAAAGGCAUGGUGUGCCUCAAAGGGAAACAUACCAUACUAUGAGACUUCAGCAAAAGAAGGAACUAAUGUUGAGGCUGCUUUUCAAUGUAUAGCCACAAAUGCUCUUAAGAACGAACCCGAGGAAGAAACGUACUUUCCUGAGACGAUUGAUGUCACCGGGGAAGGUCGCCAACACAGGUCUAGUGGAUGUGAAUGUUGAACCAGUGGAGCUUGUAGGUAAAUGAUAAUAAUGUUGUGUCUGGAAUAAUUCUUUCGGCAAAUUUGUAUAGAUAAACCCGAACCCAAAACUUCUAUGGAUCUGUUAUCGGGUCACUUUCCAGUCAAAAGCCCGAACAACCGGCCUAAAAAAUCCGAAACACGAACAUUUAUUGUUCUUUUUUUAUGUGUUUUGAUUUGGAUUUGGA